AUGACCACCCAAGGCCCUUUAACAAGCUGGCUCCUCUCCGCCACCCCCCAAGCCCUCAAAAGAGCAACAACCCACCCCUUCCUCGCCGCCGCCGGCUCCGGCACUCUAUCCAAAGAAACCCUCUCCCAAUGGCUCUCCCAAGACCGUCUCUACGCGCAAUCCUACAUCCGGUUUAUAGGAAUGCUCCUCACAAAAAUCCGUCUUCCAGCAAACACCCCAUCCACCGAAACCCUGGUAAACCCAACAAUCGAACAAACAAUCAUCGACGUCCUAAUCGACGCGCUCGUCAAUAUCCGCACAGAACUGCAUUUCUUCGAAUCUACCGCUGUCCAGUACGGUCUCGAUCUCACUGCGAUCCCACCCGAUGAGGGCGGUGGAUCUGGUGCGAUUUCGACGACGGGGUCUGGUUCUUGUCCGGGGUUUACGGGGGCGAUUUGUGGUGCGACGAAUAAUUCUGUGUCCCAGGCGGAGUCGGGCGAGAUUAAUGAGAAUUCGACCACGAAUCCCAGGGAAAAUUUACAUAAUCUUUGUAAAUCGCAAGGCGAGUGUCAGAUGCAGGCUGGUAGUGAGAUCUGUAGUCCGCCAACCGGACACACCGGCACAUCUGCGGCGCCGACAACACCAGACUGCGAACCGUGUCAACCAUCGCGUCUCACCAGCGCAGCACCACCCGAACAAGGCCCCGUCUUCUUCGCCGCGAACCGUAUCACCCGCGCAUACAUCGACAUGUUUAUGUCUGCGGGUAGUCCUGGUGUGAGCGCGUUGGAGGGAUAG